AUGCGUCCAAUGACUGUAUUUGUCCUGGGCGCUAACCAGAAGUCCGUGCCCAUCUUUGUCUAUCCGACUGACACUGCUGAUAUGAUCCUUCAAAACCUUGCAAAGCGCCAAUUCAUUCCAGACGAUUACCGCUCUACCUAUUCACUCUACAUAACCGGUCGAUUGCGGCGAAUCUCCGGAUAUGCGACCAUGUUGGAGCUUGGUGCACAUGCUCUCACGCACUUUGAUCUUCGAGUUCGAGUGCCAGGGGGAUCAGACUCCGCAUUGCUCUCUCCAUCACCGGCUCCUCAGAAGGCAAAGGGAAAGAACAUGGGCGCCAUAAUCGACGCCGAGCAGCAGGGGUCCGAUGGCGAAGGCAGCGAACAUCCACCCAAACGUCGCAAGCUUCAGAGGAGAGGGAAGCUGAGGAAAUACAAGGGUGCAAAUGGCGCGGAUGAGGAGGACGAGGAGGACGAGGAUUUUGAGGAAGGGACAGACGAUGGGUCCGAGGAUGAGGUGGAAGUUGUCCCGACAGAGGAGCUUGCAGCUCUUCUCCCGGCCAAAUCAGAAGCUUUGCGAAAGCGCAACCCUGGGAAACAGCGUAACAAGACACCUACCCCCGUCCCGUCAUCGACACCCGCAUCUGUACCUACAUCAAAUCAACCACAGAGCCCCAAGAGUCCACGUAAACCAAAGAAAGAGAAGGUCUUCAAGAAUAAGACCGGAGAUACCGUACCUGCGGGAGACCAGGCAUGGCGUUGCUAUCAUGGCACACGCAAGACUCUCGUGAUCACCAAGGCCAUGAAGGGGACAACUAACGGACUUGUUUCCAAUCUCAAAACCGCGUCUGGUCCCAUGUUCAAGUUAUACAAUCUCCUUGCCGAUCGCAAAAAGGCUGAUCCUGCGUUCCGUCCGUCCGAGGAGGAGAUUGAAGUCGCAGGAGGGAAGCGAGUCUUCGAAUCGGACGCCGAUACCAACACCUUCCUUGCGAAGAUAUUCGAGGGCCAGGAGGUAACAAUCUCUCAUGCUUUCGAGCGUCAGAAAGCUGCGAAAGCAGAGCCAUGGGACCAGAAUCAUUUUGUCACUUUGCUUGCGCGUUGGGUUGCUGCAUGCGAUCAGCCAUUCGAGGAAGUUAGUCGACCGGAGUUCCGGGAGCUUCUCCAAUACGUGUAUCGCGGGAACGGGGACCUGAAGAUCCCAGAUCGGAAGGGCGUUCGAACGAAGAUCAUGGACAUGGAGAAGGAAUUGAAACGAAAGCUCAAGAAGAUGUUCUCGGAGACACUCAUCGAUUUUCGAGAAUUAAUUGGAGCACAUUCUGGUGACAAUAUGGCUGACGCGGUGUGGGAGACAUUGUCAGAAUACGGACUCUGUGAUCGGAUCAUGGCCUUUGUGAUGGAUAAUGCGACGAACAACAACACAAUGAUGGACGCCUUGGAGGCCAAAUGCCGCGCCCAGAACAUUGUAUUCUCCGCUGAGCAUGCUCGAUUAAGAUGCAUGCCACAUACUGUCCAUCUCGCGGCUCUCAAGCUUCUCGAAGCGAUCGGUGCGGUCGAGAAGGAUUCACGCAAAUCAAAGAAGGCCGCGACCACUCGUCGAGAGAAUUAUCAGGAGGAUGUUGUGCGAGCUGCGGCCGAUGCCGAUGAGGAUGAUGACAACGAGGAGGCUGUGAUGCAGGAUGCUGACGAGGACUGGGAAGAUGAGAAGACGUUCUGUGAAGGACUCAAGUCGAGUCAGUCAGAGGAUGCAGCAGAGGAAGGACCGUCAGCAAAGGCAAUCCUGACUGCCGUGCAAAGGUUGCGUCGCAUCGUUCGGGCGGUUUGUUCGAGUCCACAACGACGAAAGUCUUGGAACAAGGAGGUCCAGGUGUCGCUCGAUGAUGUCGAGGAAAUGCUGACCGAGUCUGCGUCCGAUCGCACAAAGCUCAUGCUGAUCCUUGACGUUAAAACCCGAUGGUCAUCUACGCAUCAAAUGCUCAAACGCGCUCUUCGGUUCAAGACUGCCGUCAAUAACUUUGUCUCGCGCCACCGAGAGCUCCAUGUUUAUACCCUGACUGAUGAUGAUUGGGCUGCUAUCAAGUUGGUGUGCGAGUGGCUCGAGCUUUUCCGCGAAGCUACUACCGAAAUGUCCACAACCAAGAGCCCGAUGAUCUCUACCGUUCACAGUGUUUUCCGUGGACUUCAGUUUGACAUCAAGUCACAUAUUGCUGAUCUCCCGGACGACACCAUAUCGGAAAUCAAACAGGCGCUGGUCAACUCGCAUAUGAAGCUCAGUGAAUACUUCUCCAAGUUCGAUGUUUCGCCGUAUUACAUGUGGGCUGCUUUGUUGGAUCCGCACAUCUCGUACCAGAGUCUGUGCGAAGACUAUGCCGAUGAUAUUUCUCUCACUCUGGACUUGGAAACGGCUAAAACGAAACUACAUGCUCAUUAUAAUGAGCAUUAUGCAACGGCAGCCAAGGAUUCAACUCCAGGCUCCAUGGAACCUGACCCCUUGGUUGCUGGCUCGUCCAAGCAGCCGAAACGAAAGCUAACCGACCGCUAUAAUCGCAAACCGCGUGACUUGACGGGCACGGACGAACUGACCGAAUAUUUCAAGCUCGAUCCCGCUAAGAACGACUUUGACACUUGUGAUCCCAUUGCCUGGUGGGUCAAGCAUCGCGACGACUUUCCGAAGCUCUCCAAGCUAGCUUUGGAUAUCCUCUCGAUCCCUGGAUCUGCUGUGGCAGUCGAACGCAUUUUUUCGGGCGGCCGUGACACUAUCAGUCUGCGAAGAUCGAGACUCGAGGCUGGAACAAUUCGCGCUUUAAUGCUUGUGAAGAAUCGACUCAAGAUGGCACGGGAGGACAUCAAACUGGCGUUGGGUGAAUGA